UCUAGUUCUCGGCUGCAAAGCUUCGCCUUGCACUUGACAGCGGUUGCACUGAAGUUCCUGCCGCGCGCUUGGCUAGGGAGGGCACAGGUAGGAGGCGCGGGCUGCAGGGCGCUCGCUCCCCGCUCCCCGCUCGCCGCUCGGGGAGCAGUCGCCCUCCCUUCGCGCUCCUUCCUGGGCUGCCCGGGGUGUCGGCGGUGCCGGUGCGGGCUGCACCGAGAUCGUGCCGGCGGCGGCUCCUGCUCCGAGAGCGCGGCUGUGCGCUGCCCGGCGCCAUGCUUCUGCUGGGCAUCGUCACCCUGGCUCUCGUCGGGGCGCCCGCGGGCGGUGCAGAGCCAGAGCGGGAGGUGGUGGUGCCCAUCCUACUGGACCCGGACAUCAACGGCCGCCAGUACUACCGGCGGGGCCCCGAGGACCCCGGGGAGCAGGGGCUCAUUUUUCAGAUCACGGCGUUCCAGGAGGACUUUUACCUGCACCUGACACCGGAUGCCCAGUUCCUGGCGCCCGCCUUCGCCACUGAGCAUCUGGGGGUCCCGCUCCAGGGGCGCCCCGCGAACUCGCCGGACCUGCGACGUUGCUUUUACUCUGGGGACGUGAACGCCGAGCCGGAUUCGUUCGCGGCCGUGAGCCUGUGCGGGGGGCUGCGCGGAGCCUUCGGUUACCGAGGCGUGGAGUUUGUCAUUAGCCCGCUGCCCAAUGCCAGCGCGCCCGCGGCGCAGCGCAACCGCCAGGGCGCACACCUCCUCCAGCGCCGCGGCGCCCCUGGCGGGCCUCCCGGAGACCCCACCUCUCGCUGCGGUGUGGCUUCAGGCUGGAACCCCGCCAUCCUGCGGGCUCUGGACCCUUACAAGCCUCGGCGGACCGGCUUAGGGGAGAGUCGCAGCAGGCGCAGGUCUGGGCGCGCCAAGCGCUUCGUGUCCAUCCCGCGCUACGUGGAGACCCUGGUGGUGGCGGACGAGUCCAUGGUCAAGUUCCACGGCGAGGACUUGGAGCACUACCUGCUGACGCUGCUGGCCACCGCGGCGCGACUCUACCGCCACCCCAGCAUCCUCAACCCCAUCAGCAUCGUGGUGGUCAAGGUGCUGCUCCUUGGAGACCGCGACGCGGGGCCCAAGGUCACAGGCAACGCGGCCUUGACGUUGCGCAACUUCUGUGCCUGGCAGAAGAAGCUGAACAAAGUGAGCGACAAGCACCCUGAGUACUGGGACACCGCCAUCCUCUUCACCAGGCAGGACCUGUGUGGAGCCACCACCUGUGACACGCUGGGCAUGGCUGACGUGGGCACCAUGUGCGACCCCAAGAGAAGCUGUUCUGUGAUCGAGGACGAUGGGCUCCCGUCAGCCUUCACCACUGCCCACGAGUUGGGCCAUGUGUUCAACAUGCCCCAUGACAACGUGAAAGUGUGUGAGGAGGUGUUCGGGAAACUCCGGGCCAACCACAUGAUGUCCCCAACGCUCAUCCAGAUCGACCGUGCCAACCCCUGGUCAGCCUGCAGCGCUGCCAUCAUCACUGACUUCCUGGACAGUGGGCACGGAGACUGCCUCCUGGACCAGCCCAGCAAGCCCAUUGCCCUGCCCGAGGACCUGCCGGGGGCCAGCUAUUCCCUGAGCCAGCAGUGCGAGCUGGCCUUCGGUGUGGGCUCCAAGCCCUGUCCCUACAUGCAGUACUGCACCAAACUGUGGUGCACCGGCAAGGCCAAGGGGCAGAUGGUGUGCCAGACCCGCCACUUCCCCUGGGCAGAUGGCACCAGCUGCGGCGAGGGCAAGUUCUGCCUCAAGGGGACCUGCGUGGAGAGACACAACCUCAAUAAGUACAGGGUGGACGGCUCCUGGGCCAAAUGGGAGCCCUACGGCCCCUGCUCUCGCACCUGUGGCGGGGGAGUGCAGCUGGCCCGGAGGCAGUGCAGCAACCCCACCCCGGCCAAUGGGGGCAAGUACUGCGAGGGAGUGAGGGUGAAGUACCGAUCCUGCAACCUGGAGCCCUGCCCCAGCUCAGCCUCUGGCAAGAGCUUCCGGGAGGAACAGUGCGAGGCCUUCAAUGGCUACAACCACAGCACCAACCGGCUCACCCUCACCGUGUCGUGGGUGCCCAAGUACUCAGGGGUGUCUCCCCAGGACAAGUGCAAGCUCAUCUGCCGAGCCAACGGCACUGGCUACUUCUACGUGUUGGCACCCAAGGUGGUGGAUGGUACGCUGUGUACCCCCGACUCGACCUCGGUCUGUGUCCAGGGCAAGUGCAUCAAGGCUGGCUGCGACGGGAACCUGGGCUCCAAGAAGAAGUUCGACAAAUGCGGGGUGUGCGGGGGAGACAAUAAGAGCUGUAAGAAGGUGACAGGACUCUUCACCAAGCCCAUGCACGGCUACAAUUUCGUGGUGGCCAUUCCCGCAGGCGCCUCGAGCAUUGACAUCCGCCAGCGCGGCUACAAGGGGCUGAUUGGCGACGAGAACUACCUGGCCCUGAAGAACAGCCAAGGCAAGUACCUGCUCAACGGGCACUUCGUGGUGUCGCCCAUGGAGCGGGACCUGGUGGUGAAGGGCAGCGUGCUGCGCUACAGUGGCACGGGCAUGGCCGUGGAGAGCCUGCAGGCCUCCCGGCCCAUCCUGGAGCCCCUGACCGUGGAGGUCCUCUCUGUGGGGAAGAUGACGCCGCCGCGGGUCCGCUAUUCCUUCUAUCUGCCCAAAGAGCCCCGGGAGGACAAGUCCUCCCACGCCAAGGACCCCCGGGGCCCCCCCGUGCUCCACAACAGCGUCCUCAGCCUCUCCAAUCAAGUGGAGCAGCCGGAUGACAGGCCCGCUGCGCGCUGGGUGGCCGGCAGCUGGGGGCCGUGCUCCGUGACCUGUGGCGGGGGCCUGCAGAGGCGGGCGGUGGUCUGCCGGGGCGCCCCCGGGCAGCGCGCAGCAUCUGCCUGCAACGCCAACCAUCGGCCGGCGGAGACGCGAGCCUGUGGGGACCCCUGCCCGACCUGGGAGCUCGGUGCCUGGUCGCCCUGCUCCAAGAGCUGUGGCCGCGGCUUUAAGAGGCGUCCGCUCAAGUGUGUGGGCCACGGAGGGCGGCUGCUGGCCCGGGACCAGUGCAACCUGCGUCGGAAGCCCCAGGAACUGGACUUCUGCAUCCUGAGGCCGUGCUGAGCGGGACCUGCGGUGCUGCCGGUGUUCUGGCCAGCGGGAGCCGUGGGCCGGGGGCAGUGGCCCGGGGCCCACGCCACGAUGUCACCACAUCCAGGGACAAGGAUCAUGGGUGGGAGCAAGCGGUUUCCUCCUACGCCCUGGCCUGGGCGGGGAGCUAAGUAACUAACACACAGUCUACCUCACACCUGGCUCCUCCAGGGCCCAGUCUCGGGAGAGGCUGAGAGGUGCGGGUGCUGGGCAAGAAGGUGCUGGGGCCCAGUUUCCAAGAGACCUGGAGGGUGGCCACUCCCAGGCAGACUUCAGGGACCUGGGCCCCCAAUGGGGAGGCCACAGGCUGCCGGAAGGGCCAUGGCCCAGCAGCUGGCACCCUCAGGUGGCCCCGGGGGCUCUGAGCCGUCUCUGAACAAGGUGCUUUUAGCCCACUUUCCUUUUCUGACCGACAGACUGAACCAUGCGCAU